GGCACAGUGGGAUCCCGCAGGCAGAUAUCUGUGGUGAGUAUGUAGCAGGCAGGCCAUCUCCUGGAGAAGCCUGCGUUGGCGAGGGCUGCUGCUGGAAAGUGAGCGAGCCACAGCCUGGCGCCUCCCCACCCUGGAAGGUGCAGUGGAGAGGAGGUUUCUGAGGCUGCAGAGAUGGGAGGUGGAUGCUGGAGGAACCCUCUGCUGCUGCUGGCUGCCCUGGUCCUGGCGGCCAAGUUGGGUCACUUUCAAAGGUGGGGAGGCUUCCGAGAGAAGUCCACGAGUCAGAAAAACAUGAAUUCAACUCUCAAAUUCUUCAUUGAAACCUACAACAAUGCUAGCAACGACACCUACUUAUUUGGAGUUGACAAGCUACUUCGAAGCCAGAUGCAGCUGACAACGGGAGUGGAGUACAUGGUCAGCGUGAAGAUUAGCCGGACCAAAUGCAAGAGGAACAGCACAAAAAGUCGUUCAUGUCCCGUUCAAAGCAAGAAGAACCUGAAAAAGAGUUUCAUUUGUGAUUUUUUGAUAUACACUGUGCCCUGGAUGAACUAUUAUCAGCUCUGGAACAACUCUUGUCUGGAGGCCUAAGUGCAUUUGUGCAAAGAUCCUUAA